UAUCCAACACCAGGAGGCAGCUGAAAUAACCGCUGUCCUCAGAAAACUGCCUUUAAGAACAAAGAAGGUUCUACACACUGCAGCCCAAGCAGCAGCUACUGAGCUUUGAUUGUAUAUCAACUUGUGCAACACUGUGAUUAAUAUCUGACUUCAAUUCUUCCACCAGAUUCCCAUCCAUCAUGGCUGCCAUCCGGCUUCGAGAAUUUAUUGACCGCCGCCCAGUGAUCCCACCCAGUAUAUUCAUCACUCAUCAGGGAAAGGACGUCCAAGGAUAUUACCCCGGGCAGCUGGCAAGAGUCCAUUUUGAUUCUAGUAGGAAGAGACACCCCAGACCUCUCAUAGACUUGACAAUCCCACCCCAGAGAGAAAGUCUGAUUCAGCCUCAACUAGACCAACAAACUCUCAUUCGAUAUAUUUGUUUCCGAAGACAUUCAAAGCCUGCUGAGGCAUGGUAUAAAGAAACCACCUACCAAAGAAACUAUUCUCUGCCAUUUUACAAGAUCGAUUGGGACCAGAAAUUAGCCACAAUUUCAUCAAAUCCUAGACCACUAAAUUCACUGCCAGAGUUCUACUGUUGUGAAGACAGGCUGUUUUGAAAGAAAACCUUUUAAAUUAACGUAACAAUGGCAUUUGGUCAAAACAACAUUCAGAGUUCCUAGUUGACCCCUUUAGAUUAAAAUAAUAACCGAAUAACUUUUGACUUAAGUGUGUAUCCAGAUCGACUUUUGACUUAAAUGUGUAUCCAGAUGGCUACCAUCCUGAAAUAUUUACCUGUUGCAAAUUCUUUUCAGAAUUAGGUGAUCAACCUAGGGCAGGGAAUAAAGAGUCAAGUUUAAGAGAACCUGCCAUCUGUUCGCACAUCAGCCCCAACAGCAGUCUCAUUGCCGAUGCUGACAAACCAUCUUACAUAUAAUCCAGCAGUUAUACGGGGGACCAGGUAAGAAUAUUAUCCGUUCAAUAAUUGCAUCACUCACUGCUGGAAAAAAAAAGUAAAAGAUCUUGGGGAUGUAGCCAAGAAGGAAGACUGC